CUUUACAGUUGUUUUGCUGGGCGGGUGUUGGGAGGAGGGGAGCGUCUGCAUUGAGACUCCUAGUGUUUUAAUCGUGGAUUAAAGGACUUCUUAACACCAUGAAGAUUGUGGCAGCAACUCCACCACCUUCGCAGCCUGUGAGCGGCUUGAAAUUAGGAAUAGUUCGACUAGGAAGAGCAGCAGGCAAGACGAAAUAUGCUCUGCUGGAUGAGAGGGACAUCUGCCUCGUCCAGCAAUUCGCCUUUGAAGCAAGAGUCGAGAUCAACCGCGACGGGAACGGAGCUGCAAUAUAUGCCUGGGCUUACGACAUCAACCGUGGCAGGACCUCGGGCCAGUACGUCCACGACCUGCUCUGGGAAACACACAGAGGAGGGAUUGCAUCAGGGUGGAGAGUAGUACAUCUAAACCAGGUUACCGUAGACAACAGAUUAGACAAUCUAGCGUUAGUGCCUGUAGGAAGCAAGCAGCCCCCAACUCCUUCCACCACCACCCCAAGGGACCAAUCUCUCUACUGGGUCGCCAUCCAGCAAUUACCUGCAGAUCCUGUGGAAGAGCAAUAUGGUGAUUUUGUAGUAACACGAUACUUUAAUGCAAAUGGUGAAGUAGUGGAAGAGGAAGAAGAUUGUUAUUUUGAGUGCCGAUACCCUCCCUGCACAAACAUAGAGAAAGAAUUAAGGGAGUUUUCAAUAUGUGGGAGAUGUCAGGAAGCAAGGUACUGUGGCACAUUCUGUCAGCAGAAGGACUGGCCGGUACACAAGAAACUUUGUAGAGAGAAGCGUCGACCGUGUUUGACGGAGCGGCCUCCUGAACGUUAACCCACACCCACACUAGUCACACCCUGGGUUGUCUCCUGUAUAUAAGCUGUGACCAGUCCUAUAGCAAGGACUCAAGGCAGUUCUCCAGUACACAGUGGUACACCAGGUAGAUUAUAUUGUAGGUGUUAACUAUAUCUUGACUUUAGUUGCUAAUAAGAUUGUCAUAAACUUUAUGAUAAUCCCAACUUUAAGGUGGAAGCUAACAUUCUACUUAUGCAGGUGUGUCAAGAUCUGUGUUUUCAUAUACCUGUUUAUAACAACAUGAUGGUUAAGUACGACUGUGAAAUGAUGGAAAUCUGUCUGACUGAGACUUUCAUAUAAUGUUAGAAUUGAUAUUUAUUGAGAUUUUUAUUUUAUUCUAAGUAAAAUAAAUUAGCCAUUCCUUUAAGUAUAUUUACUCAUCAGUUAAAUGAAAUUCUGGCAAAUGCAUUCUGAAAAAAAAUGGACUAAUUGUGCAAAAUAAGACAAGACCUAAUUGAUCAUAAGUGAUGGCGCAAGAAAUGGUAGGGUGUAAUGUUGGGGAGUCCUUUGUGCCUGAAGUGCAAUGCUUGCUCAACCAUUCAUUCCAUGGGAGUUGUGCAGCAGGGCUGGUGAAUGGUGGUGCCUAAUGUUGCAAUAGUGGGUGUGCAGAUAAAGAUUUGUCAUUAUUUUCACCAGAUGUACAAACACUUCUAAACCAUGUCCUGUUAAGCAUUCCUGUGUGGGAAUGGUAUUUAUUGUGAAAAUAUUUAUUCCAUUAACUUUAGUUUCCAAUGUCAACUCAGCAGCUGGAGGUGUGUUGUCCGUCCAAGAGUCACAGCUGGGAGAUUACGAGCUUAAUAUUAAGCUGUGGACUGAUGAGAAUGGUGGAAUAGUUAAAAAUCAUCACUGCUUGCUAUAUGUUAUGUCCUGCUUAGGGGAAGUUGGCAAUAUUUUGAGGAAUAGUAUAAUUUUUCAUGAAGUGCCCAAGGAGGUCCAAGAAGUGCUAGUCUUUUGUUCUUAAAAAAAAUGGUCAGCAUCAAAGACCUAAAAAUUCUCUUUAUAUAACCAAAAUUUUUUAGUAGGCAGGAAAAUCUACACUUUCAAACUUUCACUUUAAGGUAUGUAUGUAGGUGCAAGCAGAAUACUCGCACCUUUUUUAUGGAUUCAGUAAUCAAGUUGCGCACUUAUCAUGGCAUACUUUAACACCAUGCUUGUAUCCAGUUCAAGCUGUUUGUUAAGAUGUAUUUUAUAAUUCAAACAUAAAUAUCUGUAUUUAUAUGUAAUAUGAGACUAAUGCCACUUAUGCCAGUUGAUGGGAUGACUACCUUAAUGCCAAAAGAAUUACAACAAAGUUUACUGUGUUAUCAUUAUAAGUUUAUUUUUGUCAUGUGAUCACUCUCUCCAGCCUCUUUCCUCCAAGCAGAGCACAGACCUUGUAAAAGUGGUGAUAAAUGAGAUCAUGUUAAUACUAGCUAAACACUGGAAACCAUUUUGAAAUUGCUUAUAAAUAAUGCCAUUAAAAUUUUUAGAACUGAAGGUCCUCAGGAUUUAGUUUUUGUAUGACAACUUUCUAAAUUUAUCAUUUUUUGUUUUUUUCUUAUUACCAAAAGUUAACUAAUGUAUACAGCAUAGUAAUGGAAAACAUCUUUGCUGUAAAAAUGGAAAAAAAAAAUUAUACUUCAUAAGCAUGAGCCUUUUUUAUCUCAUAUGGGAAACUUUACUUUCUUUAGAAAUCUUUAUAGAAAUAACCAGUUUAAAAGACGAAAAUAAAGUAAAAGAUUUGACAGUAUUUAUUAUGUUAUAACAUAUCACUUAGUCCUUAAGCAACAACUAACUAUAAUGUUUAUGCUACCAAUUUUGUGUUAAUAUAUUGAUCCUCAAUGCACUGAUCUUUUCAUAUUAGCUUCUCUGUAACACAUGGUUUGGUUCAUACUUUCUCUCCAUACAUUUGGACACUUACACAUGUUUUUUGUUUUAAUAGUAUUAACAAUGAAGUAAUAAAGAUUAAAUAUCUUACCAAGUCCUAGAAAUGAGAGAAAGGUAGCCAAUGAUUACAGUUAUAAUUAUUGCUGCAUCAUUAACUCCUAACAUAAUAACAUGUUUUUACUGCAGUGGUGGAUGGUUCUUGUAUAGCCAUCUCAAGAAAAGGAGGGCAUGUGAUGGGCUUAAUCAGAGGACAGGAAUUUUUUUUUUUUCUAGGUAAGACUAUUGAUGCAUCACAAAGAUGCAAAAGCAAUUGCCAUCCAUGAAGCAAAUGUUUUCACAGCUCUACAUUCCUGACAGAUCUAUGCCAGUGGACAGGCUGUAUUAGUUUUUGAGGCAGGGGCUGAUGAAGCUAUGGUUGUGGUGUUUGCAUUCAUAUGCAGUUCAGCAAGUUGGAAUACAAGUCAGUGCAAACCAUGGCACAGUUACUGUACAGUAGGUGUCUAGCCUGCAGCAGUAGACUCAGGAAGAGUUUUUGUGUUUGGUUUCAUCUAUGGACUUAUUACUUUAGUGAAGCCUCUCUUGUUUCCAUAGGCAUUUUUUUUUUCCUCUUUUUUUUUUUGUGUGUGUGUGUGUAAUUUUUGGUUAGGGAUAUGCGCAGAGUACAAGUUUGCAGGUGUAUAAUUCUUGGUUCAUCUACAUCAUUCUGGUUCAUCUAAGUAACAAACUGAAAGGCAUUUAUUUUCAUGCAAAUGUAUGGAUUAUUUCUAGCACUACAUUUUCAUGACAACAUGUGUGGUCUCUAUUAUUAAGUUUAGUACAUCAGUUAUAUAGGUUAUAUUAAAAGAAGAUUAGUACAUCAGUUAUAUAGGUUAUAUUAAAAGGAGAGAGAAAACUGAAUAUAAGGAGUUAAAUGUGAGACAAAAGUGCCAUUUCAUACAAGUUACCCCCCAUCCUGCAAACAUUCACAGUAAGCAAUUUCAGAUAUCACUGAUUACCUCUUAUCAGAUGGUUAACACAACACAGUUUUGUUUCAUGGGGUUUUGAUCAAUAUUAAAGAAAGUCACAAUAUAAUAUAAACACCCACAUGAAAAUGUUACCACUAAAAAAUAAGAUUUACGUACUGUCACCUACUUAAGCCAAAGUUGUGGUCCUCCAAACAAAGUAGUACUUGUAGCUGACUUCAAAAUUUGUUAAUGAUGAAUGCCUAUUUUACCAUUGGAAACGUCAUUGACAAAAAUUUAUGUUUUGUUGGAAUGUUAAUGCAACCAGAGAAUUGCAUCGGAAACCAACUGCUUAUGAGGUGCAAGAUGGUUCUCACCCCCAUCUCCUCUCCCCCAUUGUCAUAUUUUAUUCUAUCAUCUGGGUGCUGUUGCUCUUUUUUUGGGUUCUGCAAACUUGCCUUUUACAAAAUAUCUCGAUGCAAUAGAGAGCUGAAACUACUUUCAGUGCAUUUGUCUCUAGCUGGUCUGACAACCAACAGUAUUAUGGUAUGCAUAUACAGUGGAAGGAGAGAAAUAUUCUAACUCCAUCAUACAUUUGUAGUGAACAAAACCCCUUCUUUCAUAUUAGAUCAGCUGAAUGUUCAUUCAAAUUAAAAACAAUUAGUUUUGAUAGUUGGUAAGUAAUGCUUGUUUUCUUGAAAACUAUGAACUACACCCACAAUUCUUUUACUAAUGCUAUCAGACUGAAGGUACUAAGUGUAUGGACAGUCUUUAAUCACUCCUUUCAUAAUCUCUCUUUCAUAAUCUGAGUCUCAUCACUCCUUUCAAAAUUAAUUCAAUAUCUAAAUGACAUCAAUAACUGCUGUCAUUGCAGGUAUUUUAAUAUAAAGUUUGUGUAAGUUAAUGAACUUCUUGUCUCCAUAUUCUACCAGAGACUAUGGUCAAGUUUAGAUUUGAAGUGUCACAUUCAUGACAGCUACUACUUAGUUUCCUCAUGAAAUUUUUUACAUGGCAGAAAAUCAAAUUGAUGCUUAUUGCCCAUGAUAGGUGAUCCUUGAAGGAUGUCUUCAUCUAUCCUAAACUGAAUUUUUUGUUCAAGCAGCCUGACAUAGGUAUCCAUUAAAGUAUUUUCACUUGUGUGACCAGCUGUGAGACUCCAUUGAUCUAUUAUUUCAUGAAAUUGUGCUUCCUUGGAUAUAUGCUAUAGAGGAGUAAUUCUGAGUAUUUAGCUAAGUUUUUAUCCUUGUAGAUACCAUUUCUUUGAAUAAAAUUACCAUUUAAGAUACUUAUUGAACACUGGAAUCUGAUGCAAAGUAAAUUUCACUUCUAUUGUUGUAUAGAGGCAAUGGUUAAUGGUUAACAAAUCAGGUUAAUCAAUAUCAAGUGAUUUGCUGUGAUGCAGGUCCUUGCCACUCGUCAUAAGAGAUUAAGGGCUGUCACUCAGGCUUUUUAAAGUUGUCACUAAUGGAAAUGAAACUUUACCAUCUCUGGUAAAUGUAAAAUGGCAAGAAGCAUUUUCCAUUAACUUAGUAAGAUUUAUGAGAAUGACAGCACAAUUACCAAUUUCCUACUGUUCUAAUAAGAGUUGCAGUUGGGGCCUUGUUACAUACAAUCUAGCAAACAUCAAAAAGUUGUUAGAAUCAGUACCCACAACAUAGGUAGUAUACAUAUUCUCCCAUUCCUCUGUUUUGAGAAUCUUUGAGAUACAUGAUCAUUGCCACCCUAGAAAUAUUAUGGAUCAUGAUCAUUGCCACCCUAAAAAGAUUAUGGAUCAGCUAUCAAAUUAAUUUCAGUGGAAAUUACAAAGAAAUAUGGAGGAAAAAUGUACCCAUUUUCAAACAUCACAUAUUUCAUGAGUACAUGAAUGGGUGUUCAUUAGUUCAGAUGUGAUAUUUUGAAAGCUACAAUUUUUCCAAUACAAAACUUAAACACAAAUUUGAAAACCCAUGUAAAUUUUUAUUGAAUAAUUCUCUGAAUAUAAAAUAACUUCCAGCAUGUACACAUAUGCAUGAUUGAUGGUAGUAAUAAAUAAUGAAAGUGCUUUAUAUGUAAAGCAAGCUUUUCACUGCAUGACCAUGAAAGAGCAAUGUCAUUAAGUGGUCUUCUUGUAACUCUGUGGGUUAGCACAAAUCAAAAUUUCAUGAUGUAUGUAUCCAGAUUGAAUAAGUUUCCUUAAAAAAAAAAGAUGUAUGUAUCCAGAUUGAAUAAGUUUCCUUAAAAAAAAAAAAAAGUCUUACCCUUCCUUGACAUACAUGGAGAAUACUGAAAUUUGCCUUCCUGUGAUGUUUUUAAUUUUCAUGUUUUUUGUUGUUAUUCCAUUGGUAAUGGCACAUUCAUGUGGGAUUUGUGAAGUGGACCUCCAAGUAAUUUCAUUAACUUUAAUUUUAAUUCUCAAACUGAAAGUAUAUGUAACAAAUACAUUUCCAUUGAACCUCAAGUUAAUGAAGUUCCUAGGAUGAUGCCAAACCUAAUUGCCAGUUAAGUGCAAGGAUAAAUGUAAAAAAGCUGAAACUAGAUGUUCAAGGACAGAAAACAAUGGAAGUAUUUUUGCUUCAAACUUGUUUUGUCAAAGAUAAUUACUCUCUCAAUCUGAUCUUCAGUAGAUGAACAUUUGCAUCAUGUAGUGAAUGAACUUUUACUUCAGUAGAGAAUAAGUUCUGAGGAAAGUGAUAUUUAUUAGUGGCCUGACAACAUAUGACAAUGACCAAAUUGCACUGGAAAGAUGAACUGACUACAUUAGAAUGAUUAUACUUCAAAUAAAUCAAGAUUUCUCAUGCACCAUAUCACAACUUACAGUAAAAUGCAAGUCUGGUAAAUCAGGUUUUAUAAAUUCUAUGAAUUUUUCUUCCUUUAUGAUUAUUAAUUUUCAUCACAUUAUUUAGUUCCUAGUUAAGAUCUUUGGUCCACAGUUCCUUUACAGUAAACCUUUUUGUUAUGUAAAUGGGAGUGAUGAAUUCUUUGUGUGACCACAUUUGAGGUUACCCAAGCUUAUUCCUUUAUUAUGUAUAAUUUUGGAGUUUGUUCAUGGGAUGGAUACUGAUGGAUUACUACUUUCGUAAUCCUCAAAAUAUAAAUAACUUUGUUUUGUGCAUUAUGAACAACUUAUGCCUUUAUGCCAAGUGAUAAAGAUCAUUCCCUUUUGUACAUUAUUCUAAUAUGUAAGGAUUCUAAGAUUGGCUUCAUGAUUUUUUUCUGUGCCCUCUGGCAUGUCCUAAUACUGUAAGGUAUACAAAAUCCUGUAUAAUAUUUGAGUUUUGCCAUUGCCAAAUAAUGCAUAAGCUGCAUAGUGAUAUCCGAGGCUUACCAUUGUUAAUACAUUCUAGCUGAUAUGCUAACAUCUGGGAUGUGGGAGGAUUCAGCCCACAUGAGGCUCUGUAACAUAAGUGGCUUGUAUGACUAUUGUGAUACAUCUUGAAGUCAUUUAUCUACUCCUACAUAAAGACAUUUUAAGAUUAUAUCUUCCCAGUUAACAAUAACUAAUAAUGAUACUUACAGUGAGUAUGCAAUACAGAUGAAUGCUGGACUUCCAUGUAUGUGCAUUAUGAUGGUCAUCUGUAAUGCACUCAGAACUAAAGUAACAAUUGUGCCAAAAUUAUAACUACUACAAUAAGGCCACGGUUUACAUUGUUGUGACAUACCAUCUCGGAAAGUGCGCUGUUAGCUCAUCUGUAAAAUGGGUUUCCCUGUUACAUGAUAAAAGAGCAUCAUCACACAGCAAGAACAUCAACCAUAAACUGAGAAAUUUUGUGUAUUGGUAAAUACUUCUCAUUUGGAUUGUAUUAAUUUUUAAAAGACAAUGAUUUGUUUAAUAUUGGUCUAUGUGCAUAAUCCUAGUAUUGCAUUCUUUAUAUGCCCAUUUGUUCCUUUAAACAGUAUUCAUUAGCAUUAUUUAUUUAUAAUGAUAGCUAAUAUAGUCAGCAGCUUCUGCUAUGUUGGGUACUUUACUAACCAAUGUGAAAUAUUUCCUUUUUACUAAUAGAGGUAGCAUUUUUAUAUAUUUAAAUUAGUUACAGUUAAUAUGGAUAUAUUUUUGUGAUGCCUACAAUACUAGAAUAGUAGGUUAGGAUAAUUAUUGGCUGCUCAAGCAGUGGUUCCAUGGAAGAUCUAGUUUACUUAUCUGUGAAAUUUGUCUGCCAGUUUUAUGUACACAGACCUCUGCAAAAUUUAAUGUUUACUCCCAUUUUUCAUAAACAGUACUUCAUGAAUGAAGUACUAAAUAGAUAUGAAAAUCCAUACUACUGUGUGAGCAGCCUUUCUCUCACAAGCAUUGAUCUCACAGUAAUCCCCUAACAACUAUUUCAUUGAGGCAUCUCAAUAGGGCAAACUGCUUUUUUUCUGCUAAACAAAUUCAUUUAGUUGUAAUAUAGUUUGGUAUUUCAUUAUUCCUAUGGACAUAUGAAAUUUAGUGUACUCACCAAUCAUUCCACUUAUGGUUCUGUAAUGGAAAUGUAAGAUUUCUGUAAUCUGUGUGUAAUGGGUACUCUCCGUCAGCUGAGGAUACUGCCUUGUAGGAUUUCUGUAACAAUAGAAAUAUUUUAUUUCACAGCUUUCCAGUUAUGCAGAAAGGUGUCUUAAAACUUAUAAAAUGUUAUACAAUGAUUACUGAGACAUUACUACAUAGCUCAGGUGUUUAUAAUUAUUAUAGCACAAACAAAAAAAAAACUAUUCAUAUAAUGCAUGUAAACAUUUGCAUGUAAACAUUUCAUUUAAUAUUUCAAGCAGAUAACAUCUUGCAUACAUGCCAGGUUUCAUGCAUCUGGAGGAGAAUAUCAACACCAUUAUUUUUAUUGUUAUUCUUUUCAUGGAAUAAAGUAACCAUCUCUUUAUAAAGGCUUGGAAAGCAAGGCCAAACACUCAAACAGUCAGAUCAGACUAGCAAAGGUAAUGAAACUCCUGACCUUAGUGUCAACUUUUUUGUCAGUGCCUUUCACAAAUACCAUAACCUUAUUAAUCAUAGCUUUACAUUUUGAGUAUGAAUGUAAAUCAUAACAGGCAUUUGUAGUGAGUAGCUUAUGACCAUUGUGUAGAGUUUGUGGAAAUUGAGAUUUGUGUUUGGUUGCCUGCUUUUAAUUCACAUGACCCUGCACCAUGGAUUUUUUUUUCUCAUGGAUGUGAGGGCACUAGCAAUAUUUAACAUGUUGAUAGUAAGAUAUAUUACUCCCAAUAUUUUCUCUUUGGGAAUUUCUGCUCUCUUAAUUUGAAACAAAGAUGUAACAGAUGCAUACUCCCUCCCACCACACACACACACACACACACACACACACACACACACACACCAUACAUACAAAUCUUGUGUUUAUAAAUCCCUGUUUUGUACCACAGGGAAUAAUUUCUUUUCUAAUAAGCUAGGUUAAUGACAAGCUUAGCUGAUAAUGACUUCUAGUCCUACUAACACCAAAUAUAUGUUUAUUAAUAAAAUA